AUGGCUGCUCUUGCCAGCUCCCUCAUCCGCCAGCGCAGGGAGGUCAAGGACCCCCAGGCAAACCGGCAGAUCGCCAGCAAGCGAAAGCCCUGCCCGAAGAGCAACAAGUCACUAUGCCAGAAGCAAAUCCUCAUAUUAAUAUCAAAGGUUCGAUUAUGUGGCAGUCGAGGGAGAAAAAUGGAGAAAAGACCAGAUGCUAACAUUUGGCCUGUGCCCAUAGUGCACAGAGGUUGCAAACUUUCUCCUCAGCUGAAGGGCAUCGUCACGCGGCUCUACUGCAGACACGGCUUCUACCUCCAGAUGCUGCCGGAUGGCACCAUGGAAGGCACAAAGGACGAAAGCAGCUCCUUCUUGCAGUUCAACUUGAUUCCUGUGGGGCUCAGGAUAGUGGCCAUCCAGAGCACCAAGACAGGGCUCUACAUCGCCAUGAACAGUGAGGGCUACCUCUACACUUCGGAACACUUCACGCCUGAGUGUAAGUUUAAGGAGUGUGUGUUUGAGAACUACUACGUCACCUACUCGUCCAUCCUGUACAGACAGACCCAGUCGGGACGGGCUUGGUACAUCGGCAUCAACCGGGACGGCCAAGUCAUGAAGGGAAACCGCGUCAAGAAGACAAAGGGAGCAGCUCACUUCCUGCCCAAACUCAUUGAAGUUGCUAUGUACAGGGAGCCCUCUCUACAUGACGUUGCUGAACAGAGUCCACCCAGGAAAACGCCCAAGACCUCCAGUGACUCGCCCGUGCUCCAGAACGGCAAGAAAGAUCCUCAAUCCAAAACCAAAACCUCCUCCUCCUAGCGCUCAGAGACACAGGGGAGAGGAGGGGUGGACAACAUGGGGACAAUGGGCACCAGCGGACACCUGAACAAGUUUGUUAGGGCUACACCCCCCAAAAAAAUCCCCACAUCCCCCGUUGCUGCCUGUAAUACUGAUCCCACAAUGCACUGGUGACAAGCUGGGGGAAAAAAAGGAGGUCCAGGCAGAGUGGAGCUGGUCAGUGGGAAGCCCCUUUUACCUUUACAGACGCCCAUUCACACCAGCCCUCCAUGUUCUUAUUUAACAACCUCUGUGAUUAGCAGAGCCUGGGAUUUAAAAGCAAUAACUCAACAAAGAGGUGAAAAGUGGCCUAACAUUGUAUAGCAUGUCACCACAGCGCGUUCAACCAGCUGGAAGGAAAUCCCACACACCUUCUAGGCGUCAUCAUCGAGAGAUCCUUCCAGUCAACCAAAUAUCCAAGCAAAGUCUUCCUGGGUUCAACGCAAAGAGUGCACUGCUCUACUGCUGCACAUACUCCACAAAUGGGUUAUGUUUUUAUUGCCCUAUGGGGUUUAAUGCUAAUGUUAGCUUGACACAGAGCCAUGCUAAUGUGAGGCUGUCACAGAGACCCUUUAGUUCUAAAGCCAUCUGCUCACUCCACAUCUUCUGUGUGCAUGUCAGCAACUUUGUGAGAUGGCCUAAAUUUGUGUCUGUCCUGUGUGUGUGCGUGUG